AUGCUCGACAGUGAGCCUUCAAAUCCUCCCCCGAGCUCGGGAGGCGUGGAGGGCGAGUCCAAGGGCAUCCAAUCUGCACUUGCAGUCGCAGAGUCUGUAUCUUCCCUCACAACCGCACAGGAGACUUCCUCGACUACCUCUGAACUCCAACCGUCUCGCGACAUUUCCAACUCUAGUAGCAACGCCCUUUCAUCAGGCUUGGCUGCUGCCACACAUCUAGACGCACAUCAACCAGCGACUGAAAGACCGUUGAACGUGACGGACGCCCUUACAUAUCUCGAUUCUGUCAAGUUGAAGUUCCAGGACAGACCGGACGUGUAUAACAAGUUUCUCGACAUCAUGAAGGAUUUUAAGAGCCAAAUCAUCGACACUCCCGGUGUCAUUGAUCGCGUGUCAAGCUUAUUUCAUGGCCACCCUAGCCUGAUCCAAGGUUUCAACACGUUCCUUCCCGCAGGUUAUCGCAUCGACUGCAACACUGACUCCCUCGACCCGAAUGUCAUCACAGUCACUACCCCAGCGGGAACGACCACGUGGCCCACUCAUGGAUCGUUCUCGCAAGGGCCAAGUAGCCCCAAACUCCCCGCCUCGCACAUUGAAGUACCGAUGCAUCAGCCUUCGCACGAUGUCAAUCUGGAGCCCGCCUUGAUGUACAUCCAGAGGGUCAAGACACGGUAUGCAAACGAGCCUGACAGAUAUCGCAAGUUUCUCGAAACCUUGAACCCGAAAGCAGACAUGGCUUCCAAUUACGACGUGCGAGAGCUCGAGCACUGGGCAAUCGCAUUCUUGUCCGCCGGAUGUGCACAAGGCGAAAUCGUGCGGAGCACUGCAAAACUGUUCCGUGAUGCCCCGUCGUUGAUGAAAGAGCUGAUUGACUUUCUUCCGAAUAAGCAAGCCCAAGAGGUCGAGCUAGCGCGCUUGGAAGAAAUGGAGGGUCUUUGGAGGACAGGUACGCCAACUGCCGAGCCAAAGGCGUCGAGAAAGAAAGGUGAAGAAUCAUCCACGGGCGCAGCGUCAGUGACAGGGUCUACUGUGCCCCAAAAGAGGAAACGACGGCCCGCUGAAAAGGAGAAGGAAAGAGAGAAAGAGAAGGGGAAAGAAAAAGAGAAGGACAAGGACAAAACGAAGGACAAAGAUAAGGAAAAGGAAACAGAGAAGGAGGCAGCUCCAAAGGCGCCCCCGAGCAAGGCAAAGAGGGCAAGACCAUCUCAACUGCAUCUCAACGAUGCUUCUUCUCCUUCACUUACACAGCGCCAUGCUACUGCUCCUUCUUCUCCCAGGCGCUCCUCUCAUGCGCAUACAUCUCAACAGGGCGGCCAUCACCACUUGCCUCAGCCCGUACUACCUCCGCCGAUACCAGUAGCGGCGGCUCCGCCUCCCCCACUGAGCUCUGCAGACGAGGCUCACUUCUUCGACCGCGUGAAACGCGCAGUAGAUAAUCGAGAGACUUACAACGAGUUUCUGAAGCUGAUCAACCUGUUCACACAGGACAUCAUUGAUACAGCGCGGCUAGUGCGCGAAAGCAGGUCAUUUCUUGGCGAUGGCGAUCUCAUGAUGCAGUUCAUGGACAUUCUGGGCUGGGAUGAGCGACGAGACAGGAUUGCUGUGGCAGAUGAUGUGUGGACAAGGCCUUUGGCUGCGCUGGAUCGGCCAAGUAGGAACCAGUUGAACUAUCGCCAUGGUAGUUAUAGAAAGCUUCCUGCGAACGAGAUCAACGUGACUUGCUCGGGACGGGAUGAGAUGUGCAGGUCGGUGUUGAACGACGAGUGGAUAUCACAGCCAACUUUUGCCAGCGAAGAUGCUGGAUUCCAGGCACAUAAGAAGAACAUAUACGAAGAAGCGCUGCAUCGUAGCGAGGAGGAGCGACAUGAAUAUGACUUCCAUUUGGAGGCCAUCUAUCGCACAAUCCACAUGCUUGAGCCGCUGAACAACAAGAUCGCGCAGCUCAGCCCAGAGGAGCGGAACGGCUUCAAACUGAAGCCCAACCUUGGUGGCGCAGGGCGCAGCAUACAUUUAAGGGUGCUCAAGAAGAUCUACGGGCGGGAGGCGGGACUGGAGGUCUAUCAGGCGAUGCAGGAAGCGCCUUCCCUCGCGAUCCCUGUUGUACUUUCGCGGCUCAAAGUCAAGCACGAAGAGUGGAAGCGAGCACAGCGCGAGUGGAACAAGGUCUGGCGGGAGGUUGAUGCGCGCAACUAUCACAAAUCCCUUGACCAUCAGGGUGUCACGUUCAAAGCUACGGACAAGAAAGCCAUCACAGCCAGGCACUUUCUCACUCAGAUCGAGACGGCAAGAGACGAACAAAUGGCUAAACGCGCAGCGUUGAUUGACCCCCUCUUUGCGCGUACACGGCCGCGGCACCAGCUGGAGUACGUGCUGGACGACAUGACGGUGAUGCAGGACGCGAUCAAGAUGACAUUGUCAUACUUGGACCGUACGCAAAUCAAUCUCGCUGACAGGCGAAAAAUCGAGACCUUCAUCAGAGCCUUUGUCCCCCUGUUCCUUGUACAAGAUCCAGCAACAUUUAAUUGUGCAUUUGUUCCUCGUCAUGAGAGUGCUGAUAGCGACAUGGACGUCGACAGCACAGCGGACGACGUGGACGUGGGGAGCAGUUCAAGCAGUGCGCGAACCGGGAAAUCUAGUCGUAAAGCUGGGGCUGGCUCUGGUGAUCUGCGCAAGAAGCUCUUAAAGAACGAACAGGCGAAGUCGAGCCGUCGAACCCGUGCGCAGGGGUCGCGUCCUACUUCGCGCCUCCCAUCCCCUUCCGGAUCCGACGUCGUGAUGCAAUCUGAUGCAGAUGAGGGCAAACAGGAACACUCAGGCCUGAGCAACGAAGCCGUCCCACCAUCCGCGUCUGACGGCGAGAAGCUGCCCGACCGGCGGCGUUAUAGCUUUUACACGAACACCACGUUCUAUGUCUUUUUCCGCUUGUUGGAGCUUCUAUAUUCAAGAUUAUACUCCUUCCGGGAGCUGGCGACACGGAUAGCAAGUGACCCUUCUACUUCUCAUAAGUCGAACCCUGUGGCUGCCGACUUGGGGCUCUUGAAUGAUUUAGGCAAGUUCGGUGAUCCAGAGACUGCAGCAACUCACUUCUAUCCAUUGUUACUGGAAUCCUGCGAGAAGCUGUUCGACAACGAAAUCGAGCAACAUGCUUUUGAAGACCAACUACGAUGGAUGUUUGGUCCAAGGGAUGCUUACAAGAUGUUCACCAUUGACAAAGUGGUUGGAGCGGUUAUCAAACAGGUUCAAAAUAUUCUAUCGGAUGUGAAAAGCCAAGAGCUGUUUGAACUCCUUCGUCGUGAUCGUGAGAUAACAUCCCCAACGACUCAGGAUCAAAUCAACGCCAGGCGGAAUACAGAGAAGGUAAUCGGUCCUGAUGAGAAUCUAUUCCGCAUGGAUUGGCUACCAGAGAACAGUGCGGUGACGGUCCAGCUGCUUGGAAAGGAUGACUCGAGCUUCGACGAUUCUGAAGUUCUUACUGGACGAUGGCAAGCCUACAUUGAUUCGUUCGUAAACGACGAGGUGACAAAGGACGUGCCGACGUCCGUUUCAAGCAGACGUCCGUUUUUGCGUCGUUCAUUGGACCCAGAAGCUGCUACGACAGAUAUCGUCGUACGCGGAGGACUCGACGUCCGGAUUUGUGUGCGCACAUACCGGCUGUUCUUUGUCUCCGGUACCGAAGAUGCGUUGUGGAACGAGGACUGGCUGAGUCGACAGCGGACCAAAGCGAAGCCUAAUUAUUGGACAAGAGGUCAUGUAACCUCGGACAACGAAGUGAGACGACAAAGGUGGUUCAAUGAGCUCGUUCUGGACCUCAAUAAGAAGGCGGCCUCAUGGAAACCACCACGUCAUGCAGACGCUCCCCUUGCAGUCGUGGAUGAACCCAAUCGGAAAAGAACAAAACGAAUGAAUAUGGUUUAUGGAGCAGCGCCAAUGGCGACGAAAUCAGUGCCUCCCUUACCAAUUAGAUAUCGCACCAAAUACAUGAUUGCAGACUUGACGGAACGCACUCCUAAUGGAAGCCCUGUUAUGUCCUCAUCCGAAAUAUCGUCGCCACCUGAUUCUCCCAGACAUUCUUGA